AUGAUGUCACUGCAGGACUACAUCUAUCUGCACCGCGAGCACACGGACUGGGUGACCCAGGUGGAGUGGAUCCCGGAGAUCGGCCUUGUCACAUCCAGCCUGGACACCACCAUCAAGGUCUGGGACAUUGCCCGCGAGCGCAUGACCCACGUGUGCAGCCACCACACUAAGGGUGUCCACGCGUUUGUGUGGUGCAAGGCGUACUCGCUGUUCGCGUCCUGCGGUAUGGAGCGCGACGUCACCAUCUGGCAGGGCAACACUGGGCGCAAGCUGGGUGAGCUGCGGGGCCACACCUCCAGCGUCACCUCCAUCGCGCUCGACGAGAGGCUCAACCAAGUGGUGGGUGGUUCCCUGUGA